GAUGGCGGGGUGGCGGGGUUUGGUAGGGCUCUCGCACGGCCCACUUGGUUUGCAGGCAGGGUACACGCCACGAAUCACCAUGGCGUAGACACAAAACACGUCGACGCCUCCGUUGGCCGAGAUAUUCUUCCUGGAACCGACAUGCUCGGACGCCCAUAGCUCCAAUGUCUGCGCCAGUCUCUGACCAGGAGCUUGGGGAGGCCCUCCUCCACUCCGUCCAGCAUGGCACCUUCCCGCAGUCGGAGAGCGUAUCCUCUGCGCCCGUGCCAGCUGCAGCUCUUCCGAGGCUGCGACAGACCCUAGAGAAGGCGAGAGAUGACACAAAGGAGGAAAUCCGCCAAAUCUCCCGCGAAGCCGCCUCCGACGUUGACGGAUGGAUGACCCAAGCGCGCAAGCUCCAAGCCGACAUCAAGCGCUCUCAAGAAACUGCAAAGGAAAUUGUACAGCAGGCAGAGUCUGGCAAAGAGAAGACAGCCAACGUUCAGGAUGCCGCCACCAAAGUCAGCUUCCUGCAUUCCGAGAUUGCGUACAACGAGAGCCUGGUGCAGGUUGUAGAGCAGCUCCAAGACAUCUCAACUCUGCUGGAGGCGGCCCAGGAUGCCGCAGUCCACAACCACAUUUUGCAUGCACUCGAGCGGCUUGAGGAUGCGGAUGGCGCUUUCAAGAGGCUUGGGCCGUUCGAGAACACGCGAGUGGUCGGUCUUCUGAAGACAAGAUCGGGCCAGCUGAGGUCCGCACUGGUGGAAAAUGUUACGGAGACAUGGCACAGUCUGCUCUUGGUCAACACCGCGGAACGGAAAAUCACACUGAAAGACGAGAUUGAGCGGGAGGAUGGCGAGAGCGGCAUGAAAAUAGACACACUGGUCGAAGCAUUGACGAGACUGGGACUCUUCGACAACUUCGUCGUGCGCCUCAGCCAUGACUUUGACAGCGUCAUCGUGCAGCCACGGCUGGCCAUUGGUCCUGAUCAAGUUGCAUCCGCAUUGACGAUCUACGGCAACGAUAUCCAAGCUGCAGGACAAGUAAGCGACAUGAGCGUUCGAGCCACGCUGGAAGACAUCCAGUCUACAGCCGAGUACCUGAGCACCCGCAUGCCUCCCGACGUCGCCGUUCCUCUGUCCGAGAAGCUGGUCCCAGUCAUCGCCAACCGACUGAUAGCAAAUUGGCUCCUGCCUGCUAUCCCGUUGUCUACGAAAGGCAUCCCCGAAUUCCAAGAAACACUCUCGCUCGUUCUUGGGCUUGUUGAGUUCUUCGAUGAACUUGGGUGGAGCGGGCAGCAACGCUUAACUGCGUGGGUCGACAAGUCCGCCGAGAAAUGGCUUGCGCGACAGAAAGAAGCCGCAAUAGCCCAGGUACAACGUAUCUUCCCGAGACGAGUGCAGGAGAAGAAGACGGUGGAACGGGUCGAGACUCAGGUCUUGUCAAAGGGAGACGCUAUGCUCGGCGGCCACGAAGAGCACGACGAAGACUGGGGUGCCGAUUGGGGAGACGAAGAAGCACCAGCAGAAGAGGCAGCGAACAAAGCCGAAAAGAUUCAGGCCGAGCCAGUGGAAGAGGAGGAUAUCAGCGCGUGGGGCAUAGACGAGGAUGAGUCGCAAGAGUCCCAGAAGGAACAUGAAGUGCCAAAGGCCGAAGCGCAAGGCGAAGAAGAUGCUGAAGAUUGGGGCGCAGACUGGGGCGACGAGGAAGAGCAAAAGCAGGUUCUGUCACAACCCACUGUGCAAUCCUCAGAGCCAGAGCCCGAGCCCAAGGCCAACGGGCAGGCCGCCAAAUCUGAGAAGCCUCCGAAAGACCGGGAGAUGACACUGAGAGAGACUUACACCGUAACGGCUAUUCCCGACUCCAUCAUCGAUCUAAUCCUCCAGGCCGUCACAGACGUCGGCACCCUCACCAGCCCCGAUCUGGUUGGCACUGCCAUCGCGCCCGCCAGCGGUGGUCUUUACGACAUUCCAAGUCUCCUCCUGGCUAUGUACCGGGCCACGGCCGCCACCCAUUACUCCCGGGAUAUCGCCGCUAACAUGUUAAUCUACAACGACUGCACACGGCUCUCCGACCGCCUCCACGCUUUCAUCGCCGAGCGCGCAGAGCAAGACCCAUCAACAGACCUACCACAGCACCUCAAGCCAUCCGUCAGACUCAAGCCGCGGCUCGAGCAGGAUAUCAAAGCUAUCGAAGGCUUUGGUAAACGUGCGUACGGCCGGGAAAUGGAGUCGCAGCGGACCAUAAUUCGCGACCACCUCGAUGCCGCACAGGGAUUUGCGAGCUGCACCAAAAUGCCAUUCGCAGCCGAGUGCGACAACGCCAUCGCCAUGACCAUCGACCGCAUUUCGGACGUGAAGAAUGUCUGGAAGCCCGUGCUAUCACACUCCGCGCUGCUCCAGUCUCUUGGCUCGCUCGUGUCCACCGCGCUAGCAAAAUUCAUCGCCGACAUCGAGGACAUGCCCGACAUCGCCGAGGACGAGUCCAAGAAGCUGCGCGGGUACUGCGUAUCUCUGUCGUCGCUGGCUGCGCUGUUCAUUACCGAGGAUGCCGACGGCCAGCAGCGCGACAUGACCAGCGUGUAUACGCCAAACUGGUUCAAGUUCCAGUACUUGAGCGAGAUUCUGGAUAGCAGUCUCGCGGAUAUAAGGUACAUGUGGACGGAUGGUGAGUUGAGGCUCGAGAUGGAGGUGGAUGAGGUUCUGGAUCUGAUCAGGGCGCUGUUCGCGGAGAGCGAGUACAGGAGGAAGGCUAUAGCGGAUAUCAGGAGGGUGGCCGGGCACUAAUGCGGAGCUUCGGGAGUUGCGGUUGUAAGCCAGUCUGGCUGUGGAAUCAAGAUGCAGUUCUGCACGCAUAGUGGGCUGGUCAAGGAGUGUAGCACUGCACGAUGAUCAACGACAUGACAAUCGAAGAAUAUUGGUUUAUACGCACGUGUACACUCUCCUUUACCGAUCGGUGCACUCCGAGCUCGCCCCGAUUGACAUGUUGUUUGUUUUUGUGUCGUGCGAUCGGAAGACGGAGG